GAGUUUCUUCCCCUGUUUCAGUAACUAGCGACGCUUGGGCACUUGGAUUAUCAUUAUACUUAAACUUUAAGUUAAAGUCCUGGUCCUGGUUAUAGAGUCUAGAUGAAUCUAGUAGAUCUAGAUCUAUGAUAAACAUUGAUCCUAUUCUAUUCAAAUCUUAACAUUUUAAAAGAUGGAGAAGAAACUCAAAAGCACAAAUGAAAAGCCUUCUAAGAUAAUUGAAUUUUUUACUGCAGUUCAAGCUGGGAAUUGCAGGAAAGUCAGAAAAAUGCUAAAAUUAAAAGAUGUUGACAUCAAUGACACAAAUCCCAGUGAAUGUACCAAUACCACAGCUCUGAUUAUUGCAUGCCAACUUGAACUAUUUGACAUGGUUGAUUUGUUGUUGAAGACUAAACCUAAACCACCAAAUGUAAAUUCAGAAACUACUACAGGAUGCAGGGCCAUCUGGUGGGCAGUGAAGCAUGGAAAUAUUCAGCUAACUAAAUUGUUGCUGUCAACCAAUAAAUGUGAAGUUAAUUUCACUGAAAAAGAGACAGGGUAUACACUUCUCUACAGAGCCAUUUUGUCCAACAGCCCUGCUAUUGUGAAAGAACUAUUGCAUGCAGGGGCAGAUGUCAAUACCAAGCUACACUUUGACUCAGGGGCUGUAACUCCACUCAUAAAACAGAGCCUUACUAAGACUAAUGUCUUCCACUGCUGCAUCUUAAGUAAUUGUUUCUACAGAGCUAUUCAGAUGAACAAUCUUGAUAUUUGUCAGUUGCUCAUAAAUAAUUUAUGCAAUCUCCAUGCUGUGAUAGAGAAUGGAUGCACAGCUCUACACAUUGCUGUAGUUUUAAGGCGAUAUGAGAUUUGUGAGCUGUUAUUAGAAAGUGGUAGCAAAGUGAAUGCCAAAAGUAAAGCAGGAGUGACUGCAAUGACCAUAGCAAUAGAACAGCAUAACCCAUACAUGGUGAGAUUAUUGCUGCAAUAUGGCUACAAGAUGGACAGACAAUACAGUUGGCGUGAAACACCUUUAGAGCAAGCCAUCAGAUUACACAGCGAUAAAUGUGCUAUCACACUUCUCCUCUGGGGUUGUAAGCUGAGCAAAAAAUCAAGACCUUCUUAUCUCUACAUGGCUGUCAGUGAGAAACUCUGGAAUGUUGUCCAUUUUCUAGUUGAGCUCAAUCCCAUGUGCCUGCAAGAGACGUGGUUAAAGAAAAAACAAUGGCCAGUGGCAGUUUACUGUGAUGAAGCCUUAAGGCAACAUAUCUUGGAACUUUCAACACAGGUGUUUAGCUUAAAGGAGCUGUGCCGGUCAAAAGUGUUCAGAUGUAUUGGGAGGUUUGCACCAGUCAAGCUGGUUGAACUUCCUUUGCCAGCACCUCUCAUUGAUUAUAUGAUGUUCAGGGAAUUUAUUAAAGAAGACUUCUAUGAUAAAAUUGCUUUAGAAAAAAUUAUUUGUCCAUAUGACUGUCCAGUAAUAUGCUCACAGUGGGACUGCUAUCCUUUAGACAUAUCCGUUUCUUCAGAUUCAGAAGAAUAUUAAGAUGUGAAUUAAUAUUAAUUGUUACAUUUUAUAAUAAUAAUUAAUAAUGUCAUGCUUCAAUGUGCAUUGAAUCGCCUGUUUUAUAGAAAAGUAUAUUCUAAACACAGUGUUUCUUUAAGUGUGUUUAAAUAGUUGCAUACAGGAACUUCUAAACUUGCAUAUGUCUAGUAAUUUGAGAGACAAAACAACUAUCUUGAGAAAAUUUGUUUUACAACAUAUGCAUUGAAUGAAAGUGUAAUGUGUUAACAAAAAAAAAUAUUAAAUUUAAAAGUUCUAGAUCAACAUAAAUAUUACUACUGGUAACAUUUUACAUUAUUCAUGCCAAAUAUUGAAUUUUAUGUUUCUGAAGAUAUUUUAUAACCCCCCAAAAAUUAGUUCUAGUUGAAAAUGCUAAAUUAAAUGUAUGUUAUGCCUAAAGUAUAGGUGCUGCAAAAUUAUAAUGAAAUUAGGCUGGAAAUUUAAUAGGCGGCAGUUGUUCAUUUCUAAAUGGCCAAGUUAACCAAAUUUAUUUUGAUACUUAAAAAAAAACUAUCAAAUAGUAAGAAGUAGAAAUUAACAGGAAAGGAAAAAAACUAUUUCAAACGAUAUACAAUUGAAUAUAAUUAAAGAAGUCAACAUGAGAGACUUAACAAUGCCAAUGACCAACACUAAUUGUAAAGCCAAGAUAUUGAUCAUACUUGUGUUUUUUAUUUAUCUGUACAUGAAAUGAUAUAAUUUACAAAGAAAAAAAUUUAAAUGUACAAUUUUACAAGCAGUUCUUCCUUGUCAUAUAAGUGUCAAAUAAAAUACAUAGAAUAUGGGUUGCAUAUGCAAAACUACUUUAUAUUAAAUAUUUACAUGUGCAAAGAAAACAAUUUUUAACACAGAUGCAGGUCAUAUAAUGAAAUCCCCCCCCCCCCUUUUUUUUUUGGGAUUCUUAUUUUAAUAGAAAGAAAGAAUUGAAGUGUCAUGCUUAAAAUUGUUAAAUUAUUUAUCCAGCUUAUAAGACAUUUAAAAAAAACUGACAAAGUGAAUUUGGAGACAAAGAGGAUAUGAACUUUGAAGCUAAUACUUUGUUUGGGCCUCAAAGUUUAAUAUAUUUUUCCUGUUCAGUAUAAUUUAUUAUUAUAUUUCUGUAAUAAAUAUUUAAAGUAUCUUGACAGUAUUUUUGUUAAAUUUAGAAAGACUUCUGUAAUUAAUAUAAAUACAUGCUUGUUAAAUAUUGGUUGCUAUUUUUGUUAGACAGGUGUUGAAAUAAUUUGACUCAACUAUUGAUUCAUGGGGACUGAAGUUACUCUAUUUAACCAGCAUUACCAAAGGCACAUUGAAAGUAAAUAUAUCAUGUGAAUUCAAUAUUCUACUAUAGGCCUAUCUAGAUCUGAAUAGGUUUGUAAAAAAAAAAAGAAAAAAAAAAAAAGACAAAAA